GGCUGUUCCAAUCGCUGCGGGCGCCAAAUUCCGCCCACGCUGCCCACCAUGGCGGAGGCCGCGGAACCCACCAAGAAUGAUGUCAUUGACAUGGCGCAGGCGCGCCCCGAGCGUAAGCUCUUGGAGAACCCCCUGACCUGGUGGGGGGACACGCCGUGGUUGCUGUGGAACUUUAACUACGGUGCGUCCCGCGCGCCCGCCCCGUAAACCCGCCGCGCCCGCCGCGCGGCGCAUCAUCGAUGAGACCCACCGCUCGCCGCGCUGCUCCUGCGCGCCGGCGCUCGGAAGGGAGGGGACUCCUGCGCGUCUCGCGGCCGAGGCCUCCGGCCGUUCCGAGGACGCCGCGCACUUCGAGAGGACACCUCGCGCGCGCCCCCUCACCCCAUCGCGACCGCAGGCGGCAUCGGCGGCAUCUGGGCCGGCGCCGGCGAGGCCGAGGCGCUCGGCGAGCUUUUCUUCGACUGCCUCGCCACCCUGCUGAGCGUCACGGACUUGAUGUUGGGCUUCUUCCUUAACGUUCUCGUCUACAACGGGGCGGCUGGCAUCAGCGAGGAAUACGCCCAGGCGAUCUCGGACCGGUACACGACGCUGUACUACGAGCGGUGCAUCCCCGGCGUGUCCAUCGGCCUGCUCUUCGGCAACGUCUACUACGCCUACAUGGCCGGUCGACUGGCCUACAAGGAAAAUAGGGAUGACGUCACGGCGCAGCCCUACGGCAUUAAUACCACGGGCGCGUUCAUCACGCUCGGCGCCAUCAACCUCGAGGCCCUCUUCGCCCAGGUGUUCGACCAGAAGAACAUAGAUAAGGUGUUUGGCAGCGGCAACGACGACGGCAACCCCGCCGAAGCGGGCCAUGACGCCGCCGACAAAGCCUUCGCGAUCGCGGUCGCCGCGAACUUCGUCACGGGCAUCUUCGAGAUCCUCGGGUGCCUCUUCGCGGAGCCCAUCCGCGCGGUCAUCCCGCCCCCGGCCUACUACUCGCUCCUGACCGGCGUCGGCUUCGUGUACCUGGCCUUCAAGCCCAUGAUUGAAAUCGCGGCCGAGCCGAUCGUCUGCCUCGUGCCGCUCCUCAUCGUCGUCUGCGGCUUCUUCGGCGGCGUCAAGUACAAGAUCGGCAAGUCGUUCACGAUUCCCAUCGCCGUGGUCGCGAUCUUGGCCUCCAUCAUCUUCGGCUGGGCCGGCGGCUGCGCGCACAAGAACGGCGCGGUCGAGAUGUACAACUACGGCGACUCGUGGUCGGAGGUCGCGGACAAGACGGACGGGAUUGUGUUCUUCGGCCACCGCUCGGGCAAUCCCGGCAACCGGCGCAUGUACGGCAACUCGAAGAAGUACUCGACGUGCGCGGGCACGUCCAAGCACGACGCGUCGUACGCGUACCGCACGUUCGCCGGGGACGUCUCGUCGUGGGGCGGCGGCAUCUUCACGGACGUUGGGACAGGCAUCGGAGAGAUCGGCGUGUACAUGGGCCUCAUCCUCGUCGUGGCCGUCGUCGGCUUCGCGGCGUCGCUCGCCGGCGUCGAGUCGGCCUCCGCGGCCGGCGACGACUACCCCAUGGCCGAGACGCUCGUCAUCGACGGCGUGGGCACGUGCCUCGGCGCGCUGUUUGGCUCGUUCUACGGCACGACGGUCUACAUCGGCCACCCCAUCCACAAGACGUUGGGUGCCAAGCGCGGCUACUCGGUCAUCAACGGCGUGAUCUACUUCAUCUUCCUCACCAGCGGCAUGUUCGCCACGAUCUACAGCGUGAUCCCCGGGUGCGCGAACGGCGCGCUCCUCAUCUUCGUCGGCCUGCUCAUCUGCCGCCAGGCCAUCGAGGACAACCCGCCGGACUACUACCCGGCGAUCUUCUUCGGCCUCUUCCCGUGCCUCUGCAACUGGGCCAAGCUCCGCAUCGACCCCGGCGUGACCUGGAACAACUACGCCCGAGCGUGGCUCGAGGACGACUUCAUCCUGGAGCAGUACGGGAAGGGCGGGACGUCGGCGGGGCCGGGCAAGUGGUGGGACAGCGCGGACGCGGGCAACUGGGGCGCGGUGGGCAUGGGCAUCGAGAUGAUGGGCCAGGGCGGCGGCGAGUGGUUCACGCUCAUCAUAACGUCGAUCUUCUGCUACUGCACGGACCGCAACUUCAAAGCCGGCGCCAUCAUGUGCGCCAUCGCGACGUUCCUCCAGCUGGUCACCGGCAUCCCGACGGUCUUCAACGCGACCACGUACGCCAACGACGGCACCCCCAAGAUGGGCCCCGAGCGGAUCGGGUACUAUCCCAAGAAGAACAAGGACACCAACUUCUCCUGGAUGUGGACCGUCGCGUUCGCCAUGUCCACGGGCUUCUUCCUCAUCCACUUCGCGCUGCAGCGCGCGGGGAUAAUCGAUCCGCCGAUCGUGCGCGAGAAGCCCGGCGGCCCGUCCAAGGCCGCGGUCGCCGACGCGAAAUCGGACAUUGUCGAGGCGUGAGGAGAAUCACUUGCCGAGGCUCGAGGGCUUACCCGGCGCGGGGCGCAACGCCUCGUCGCUCCGUACACCUUUCCCCCCUCCCCCAAGUCGACCGACACACUGCACAUGCCCCCCAACGGCAAGGUUCCCCCAUAGCCAAUAGUCCCAGCCCAAGCCGUGACUAUGUCUAUAACUACAUGCUGCUUGAA